AGAAGAAGAACAUCGGAAACUCUUCUUCUUGUAGAAAGGCGGAUCCCUCUCGACCACUUCACCUCUCACAACUUCUCUUCGGGCUAGUUUUUUUUUUUUUAACACUCCAUUCAAAUUCACAAAUCCAGCCCCAACAACAAAAAAACAAAAAACCCCACCCAGCCUUCCUCUCUUCAUUCAAGACGACGUCGUGUUGAGUGGAAGUCCCGAGUGACUGAACUCAACCUGCUAACUUUUAACACCGGAGCUAAACCGACCUGCAGCACCUGAGCUAACACAGGGGGGGAAAAAUGUCCGAUACUGACUUGAUAUGGGCGUUGCAGACUGGAGACCUGGAAGAGGUCAAAACCAAGCUGGUAACGGCUGAAGAUGUAAACCGGACCCUGAACGGUGGUAGGAAGCCCCUGCACUACGCUGCAGACUACAAUCAGACAGAAGUGGUGUUGUUCCUCCUUUCUAAGGGAGCAGAUAUCAAUGCUACAGACAGGCACGGGUUCACUCCAUUGCUCUGCGCCUGUUACGAGAGUAACGUCGCCUGUGUCAAGGUCCUGCUAGAAAAGGGAGCUGACAAAGACCAAAAAGGACCGGAUGGCGUCAGUGCCUUUGAAGCUGCAGCUGAUAGCGAAGCCAUAAAGGCUCUGCUGAAGUGAGACACAGCGGUGUGGGACGUGGCCGGACAGGUGGGUGAACGAACGGACAGAUGGAUGCAGUGGUCCCUUGACACAAGAUGGACUCGCCCCUUUUACCCCAAUCAACUUCUGUCGUCACACUGCUUUUGUCUGUUUGUUGGAGGUCAUUUCGUCUGUCUGGUGAUUUUUUUUUUUUCUUCCUACACCCUGUUUUUUUUUUCUUUUCUUUUCCAGGUUUUUGGGAUAGGAUGUUUCUCUUCUUUUGGCCUCUGUCUGUAGUCACUUAACAGGCUUGUCAAUUAUGUCUCCCUUAGGGACCAAACACUGGGGGAGUACUCUCGCACCUGGAUCCUAGACCACUGCUCAGACUAGAAAAUCACUCUGUAAUGUAAAAGCAAAGCUAGCACUUAAUUACACAUUUGACGUUUGCCGUUCUCUCUUUAAACUGUAAAGAAAUGAAAAUAGGUAGAAGUGUGUUGACAUUUUUUUACAAAUUCAUUUUAAAUAUUGUUCAGGCAGGGCUUAAUCUCAUGAACAGUAAUUGCACUGUACUACUAUACUAGAUAGUUGAAAGGAAAGGUUGUAAAGUUCCACAGAAAACCUUUCAUUACGUGUGGCCUCUUCCUCUUACCUUGAUUUCUUUUGUAAUAGACCAAACUGUCCUUUCAAUCCAAUCGUGUAAUUUUGGAAAAAUAAGUGGGUUGAGAGAGGUCCGGAGGUUAGGGUUUUCCUUUUCUACUUGGCAUAUCACUAACAUAUCAAAAGGUGUCUUUUAGGGGGGGAAAAGCUAUGUUGGUAACGCAUUAAAGAUGUUCUGUAGACCAAUCACCAUGCUGGGUAACUAGAAAGACUUGAAUGUUGCUAUUUAAAAAAAAAUAUGUUACUGAAUCCCUUUUUUGAAGCAAUGUUAACAUCACAAAAUAGAAUAAAGAAUUUUAGACACAUGUUCAUUUUGUCAUCCCUGGAGCGAGAGUUCAGAGCAAAAAAAA